AUGUCGUGGAAGCGGAGCGAGAGGCUGAUGGAAACCAUCAAGCACUACAGCAACUUUCCGGCGACUGGCGUGUCCCUACGGCAGAUGGUGCAGUUUGGCGAGAAGCCAUCGACGGGAACCCUUUUCCGCGCGUCACAGUUCCUUUCUGAAGAACUUCCCAUACGGUUAGCACAUCGCGUGCAAGAGCUCAACGAUCUCCCCGAUGGCCUCAACGAGAUGCCAUCCAUUUGCAGAGUGCGCGAUUGGUACGCGCAGUCAUUUGAGGAACUCGUCGAACUGCCACGGCCACAACUCUCGAGCGAGAUCAAAGAACGAUUACUGAAACCAGCGAAAAAGAGCGGCGACAAGAACUUGAUGAGUAAACCGACACAAAACCCAAGUAUCAGAACUGGACAGUACCGAUCCGCACCAACAUCGAAUGGAAACCACAAUGGCAAUGGCAACGGUAACGGAAUCACCAAAGAAGUCAAGGGUGCAAGCCGGAGAUACUAUGUCGCUGCAGACGACGGCCAGGAUUGGCCACCAGAGCUCGGCGCAUACAAUAGAAAGUUUGCCGAUACUUUGGAGAAGAUCAAACGGCGGCAUGACAGCGUCGUUACUACUGUCGCGCAGGGCAUCCUCGAGUGGAAGCGCAAGAGGCAACGGAUGCACAUUGACCACAACAUACAGGCUUUCCUGGACCGUUUCUACAUGUCACGUAUCGGAAUUCGGAUGCUCAUCGGCCAGCACAUUGCCCUCACCGACCAACGCUCACGGAGUGAUCCAAACUACGUUGGUAUCAUAUGCACCAAGACAAACGUACAAGAACUGGCACAAGAGGCUAUUGAAAAUGCGCGCUUUGUGUGCGAAGAUCAUUAUGGAUUAUUUGACGCUCCAAAGGUGCAGCUUGUGUGCAACCCCGGGAUCAACUUCAUGUACGUGCCUGGGCAUCUGUCGCACAUGCUCUUCGAGACUCUGAAAAACUCGCUGCGUGCUGUAGUAGAGAGACAUGGGCAAGAAAAAGAGGCAUUCCCUGUGACUAAAGUCAUUGUUGCAGAGGGCAAAGAGGAUAUUACGAUCAAAAUCUCGGAUGAAGGAGGUGGUAUUCCUAGAUCGUCGAUUCCGCUCGUCUGGACAUACAUGUACACGACUGUGGACCAAACGCCCAACCUGGACCCAGAUUUCAACAAGAAUGAUUUCAAAGCACCAAUGGCUGGUUUCGGCUAUGGCUUACCUAUUUCUCGGUUAUAUGCACGAUACUUUGGUGGAGAUUUGAAGUUGAUCUCGAUGGAAGGCUACGGCACCGACGUCUACCUCCACCUCAACCGCCUCUCUUCUUCCUCGGAGCCUCUGCAAUAG